AUGUUCACGGCACAGAAGAUGAUCCGUCGAAAGAAGAAUGUCAAGAAGGGCAUCCAGUUUUGCCUGAUGGUCUGCGGCGCCUCGGGCACUGGGCGGACGACCUUCGUCAACACCCUUUGCGGCAAGCCCGUACUCUCCCACAAGGACUCGGACGACGCUAGCACUGCUCAUGUCGAGGAAGGUGUUAAGAUCAAGCCUGUCACCGUCGAACUCGAGCUGGACGAGGAGGGCACCCGCAUCUCGCUGACCAUCGUCGACACCCCCGGCUUCGGUGACCAAAUCGACAAUGAGGCCAGCUUUUCCGAGAUCGUUGGCUACCUUGAGCGGCAAUAUGACGACAUUCUGGCUGAGGAAUCGCGUAUCAAGCGUAACCCCCGCUUCAGAGACAACCGCGUCCACGCCAUGCUCUACUUCAUUACCCCGACUGGCCAUGGUCUCCGCGAGCUCGACAUUGAGCUGAUGAAGCGCCUUGCGCCCCGGGUCAACGUUAUUCCCGUCAUCGGUCGCGCCGACUCCCUCACCCCCUCGGAGCUCGCCGAGUCGAAGAAGCUCGUCAUGGAGGAUAUCGAGCACUACCGGAUCCCAGUCUACAACUUCCCGUACGACAUUGAAGAGGAUGACGAGGACACGGUGGAGGAGAAUGCCGAGCUUAGAGGGCUGAUGCCGUUUGCCAUCGUCGGCUCGGAAGAUAUUGUCGAGAUCGGUGGCCGCCAGGUGCGCGCCCGCCAGUACCCUUGGGGCGUCGUCGAGGUCGACAACCCGCGCCACUCGGAUUUCCUGGCAAUCCGGUCCGCGCUGCUGCACAGCCAUCUCGCCGACCUGAAGGAAAUCACGCACGACUUCCUCUACGAAAAUUACCGUACCGAAAAGCUUAGCAAGAGUGUCGAGGGCGGUGCCGGAGUGGAUUCGUCAAUGAACCCCGAGGAUCUCGCCUCGCAGUCUGUCCGCCUCAAGGAGGAGCAGCUCCGUCGCGAGGAGGAGAAGCUCCGUGAGAUUGAGGUCAAGGUCCAGCGUGAGAUCAACGAGAAGCGCCAGGAGCUGCUGGCUCGCGAGUCUCAGCUGCGCGAGAUUGAGGCACGGAUGCAACGCGAGGCCGCGGCGGCAGCCGCAGCUCAACAGGCUGCUGCUGCCAACCACGAGGCCAAUGGUGCCGAGUAG